UCAGGAAGGAGUGAGAGGAUCAGGGAAAUUGCUGGGGGCGAUGGGGAACCCAGAAGCCGAAGUGUAUUUUGUCUUCAUGAACUUUGAUCCUGAGUACGAGCGCCUGCGAGCGAAUCACAGGUCCACAAAAUGUUCGGCAGAGCUUGAUGCUUAUCUGAGUAACAAGCACGACCAACUGCUAGCAAAGCUGCUUCGACCAAACACCUACAAGAAGAGAUCUUCUCUGGCAAUUGUUGAUGGCUUUGCCGUGGAAAUAACUGAAAACCAGGCAGCUAUCCUGAGAUCAGCCAAGGAAGUGAGGGUGGUCGAGAAGAACCAAGAGCUUGCUUGAUCCAUGAGAUGCGAGAUGUAUGUAUUAAAUGUUAGCAAGUUAAGAAGUAGGUAAUAUAAUGUGGUUGUGUAUUGGAAUAAUCGUCUUAAAUUUAUAACACCUAUUUCUAGUAGUGUGACUUUUUGGCUCUUGAGCCAAGGGUUAAGUCAAGAUUUAGGUAGCUGUCAACCUCCUAGAGCAGGACCUACCCAAGUAGAGUUUUCAAAGUCUUCAUUGACUUUCAUUUCAAGGCAAUUGGUGCUUGAAGACUCUGAAGACCUUAAUUUAUUUAUUGUCACUACCUUUCCUUUUGUUAAGCUCGAGUUCCUAUUGAUGUUUGAAUCCGAAGUCUAAUUAAAUAUAUAAACCAAGUAUCUAGC